AUGGACAAGGCUGAAUUAAUUCAGAAGGCCAAACUGUCAGAACAGGCUGAGCGUUAUGAUGAUAUGGCUGCCGCAAUGAAGGCAUUGACAGAGCAAGGAGGAGAACUAAGUAACGAAGAAAGGAACCUGCUCUCUGUUGCCUACAAAAAUGUGGUUAGUGCCCGCCGCUCUUCCUGGCAUGUGGUUUCUUGUAUUGAACAAAAAACAGAGGUCAAUGAGAAGAAGCAACAGAUGGCAAAAGCAAGGUUUUCUACUUGAAAAUGAAAGGAGAUUAUUAUCGGAACCUUUCAGAAGUCACAUCUGGUGAAAAAAGCCAAAAACUGUAGCUUGCUCUCAACAAUCUUACCAGGAAGCUUUUGAAAUUAGCAAGACCGAGAUGCAGCCAACACACCCCAUUCGACUUGGAUUGGCUCUAAACUUCUCAGUGUUUUAUUAUGAAAUUUUCAAUUUCCCCGAGAAAGCAUGCAGUCUAGCAAAAGCAGCAUUUGAUGAAGCAAUAGCUGAGCUGGACACACUGAAUGAGGAGUCUUACAAAGACAGCACUCUUAUCAUGCAGCUACUAAGGGGCAAUCUUACAUUAUGGACCUCAGAAAACCAGGGUGAAGAGGCUGAUAAUGUAGAGGGAGGCAACGAACUGCCAUGCUUCAGUUUUUCCCUUUUUUUCCCAAUUUUUUUUAUUUGUGUUUUUAUUAUUUAAGUCACUCUGUAUUGUACACACAUGUUUUUGUGCGACAAGUAAAAGAAAAAAAUACAUUGACUUUGACAACCUCCGUGUAGCAGAACAAUGUGGAUUAAGGAAAAAAUGGCUAAUAGUUACUCAAAUAGAGUAAUACAUUCUAAGUAUAUAAUGGCAUUAAAAAUGUAUCUCAGUUUAUUAUGAGGCGAUUUAAGAUUUAAAUUUGUAAUUAUGUCCUUGGGUUGUUGUUGUUUUAUUUUUUGUUGGUUUUUUUGUAGGGUGUUUACUGCACACUGUGAUUACGAGCUUUUGUCACUAACAUUAUAAUAGAAAUAUGUUCUCACAGACAACCUACCUAUUUUAAACAGUGCAGUUCUUCUGAAUCUAUUUCACAGAAUGUUGGCCACCGUACUGUGAAACUUUGGAUCAGUUAUACAUUUCCUAGUUUGUAAAGCUGAAUACAAUCAAGUCUUGUGUUUGAGUAUUGACUCAGUGUAGAGUUUUAAACCUGGUUAAAUGCUCACACAUGCCACUUUAAUUUGUACAAAAUCAGGGGCUUGUACAGAAUAUAUACACUAUACAAUAAUAUCUGUAACUUUUUGCCAGUGUGGUUAUGUUGUCCAUUUAUAGACACAUAUUCUUUGGGGCAUACACCCUUUUGCAAAGCCCCUCUGGUAUUUAUAACAGUUACAAAGAAGUUGUUAAAUAUGAGAAAUCUGAUCUUUUGGGGAUAUGUUUUCACAGUAUUUUAACUGUUUACAUUUCAUUUUUUUUAAUUCAAAUUACACGUUGUUCUGCUUGCCCUUCCUGAUCCUAUUAUUCUGUUGAAACCUAUUUGCACAACCCACUUAGGUUGAACGCUUCCAAUAUAUAAAUUCUCUACCAUGCAAUUUUUAUGUUCCUCCAACGACUCCCUAAUCAUUAUUGGUGAUAUUGCAACAUUAAGUUAUUCAGCAAUGUGUUCUAGAUAGUACUAUGGCAGUACCUAAAAUAACAAUUGGUAAAUUGUAUUUAACAGUGCUGUACUGUAUUCUGUUUGUAAUCACUGUCCCAAUUUAACCACAUCAUUCCACUUUUUACCAUUCCACGUGGCUGUAUCUUUUCUAGGUGUCUGUCCAUCUGUCUGCUUCGUAGAAAAAUUCAUGCACUGAUUUUCAAAUUUCCUAAGUCGAACAAAACCGUGCAGUUAAGACUUGUGCUUGUGGAACUGAGCCUGUGUGUAUAUCUGGUAGCUCUAUUUUGCUUUGUUUUUAACUGACCAGUAUUCUGCCUAAAGUUUGCUUCUGUGUUGGUUUUAUUACCUAGCACACACGUGGUUGUGAAAAUAGUCUAGCAAAAAAAAGCAUGGACAAAGAAAACCUGGUUAUUGAUGUACUCAAAUUUGUGUAUGUAUUUUAAACAGUUCUAGUUUCACCCUACACAGAAUAAUCAGGAACAUGUUAAGAAUUGAAGAGCAAAAUAAAUAAACAAUGUUAUCAGUUAAAAAAAAAAAAAAAAACAAACCUCAGUUGACUCCCAGCCUAUGUGUCGUCUAGUUCUUGGGAAGGAAGGAUUUAUUCAACACUACCGGGAUUAUUAUAUGCUGUAUUUGUUAUACCUGGAUUAUUAUAUGCUGUUCCUGUCUACCAGCGGAGACACUGUGGAUUAUACUACCUCUCCGCUACACAGAUCCUUCGAUGCUUUCCUUUCAGCUGGAGAGCAAUUAUGUGGUGUGUGAUUUGAGCAAGACAAUAUUUUCUUCGUGUCUGUUUUGAUUAGUUGUACAAAUGUCUUGAUCAAGUGGUGGGCGUUCUUAGGUUCCCAAGUGCUUUUUAACUUAAAGCUGAUGCUUCUUUGGGGGACCAUCGUUCCUGAAUGGCCUGUAUGUUCAGUGUUCUCUCCAUUUUAUAGAUUUCUAUUUCCGUUUGAAACUUAUUAGGUUGUGAAGUGGGUACAAAUGUUAAUCCUUUGGUUAGUACUUUUAUGUGAUCACUUGUUUAUAUAUAAAAUAUUUAGUAUUAUUAAUGGAUGAUAUACAUUUUUCCAUCAAAUGACUGAUAGGUCAUACAUGGUUCUAGAAUAUCAUGUUAUAUGAGCAUACAAGAUAUUGCAUCUUCAGAUCUGUUUGCAUUAAAUGGACACUAUAGUCACCAGAACAACUACAGCUUAUUACAUUUGUUCUGGUGAGUAGAAUCAUUACCUUCAGGCAUUUUGCUCUAAACACUGUCUUUUCAGAGAAAAUGCAGUGUUUACAUUACAGCCUAGUGAUAACUUUACUGGCCACUCCUUAGAUGGCGGCUAGAGCUGCUUCCUAUCUCAGUCUUGCCUAGUUUGAAUCAAAACAUUCAGUAUCUCCUCCCUCUGCAUGUAGACACUGAACUUUCCUUAUAGAGAUUCAAUUCAUCUCUAUGAGAAGAUGCUGAUUGGCCAGGGCUGCGUUUGACUUCUGCUGGCUCUGCCCCGAUAUGCCUCCUUCACAGUCUCAGCCAAUCCUAUGGGGAAGCAUUGUGAUUGGUUCAGGACAACACUUCUGAUGAUGUCAGCAGGCAGUUUGCUGUUCUGAGGGAAACAGGGACAAAACCAGCAGCUUCAGGCUUGAAUACAAGUACGAUUUUACUAUAUUUAGGGAGGCAAGAGGGGACAAGGGGGACUAGAGGGUGGUUUUAACAAUAUAGAGUCAGGCAUAUAUGUGUGUGUGUUCCUGACCCUAUAGAGCUCCUUUAAUGCAUCUACAAUAAUCAUCAGAAGCCUUACAAUAUUCCACCAUGCUAUCAGUGACGUCAUUUCCGCCAACCACAAACCGGGUCUUAAUACCUCUGAACCACCAAUGAUUGAUUAUUAAUUAAACAAGUAGGGGUGGUGAACCCAAUUAUCCAACAGGGGCUCCCGACCCCAGGUGCUUCUAGGUCAUACAAGUAAAUUCAGUAAACCUGUAAUUAUGAUUGGUUAAUCACACACCACGUGACUUUAAAGAGGAGGAGCCAAGAAACUGAUUAAACAUUUAAAAAGCAAAAGAUUCCUGAGGCUACAUUACAGCUGACUGAAGAAGCUCACAGACUUUUCUAAAAUUAGAAUAUCUAUAAAGGAGUCAUUAUCAGACUGGAGCAAUUCAAAUGGAGUACAAGAGAAAUGGGAUUAUUUAAACGUUGCACUGCUGAAGGCAACAGAAAAUUGCAUUAGGCUUGUCAGUAAAAGCAAAAAAUUCAAGAAACUACUCAGCAGAUGUGGCCAAAAUAGUAAAAAACUAAAAGUUAGCAUUUAGUAAUUAUAUAAAAAAAUCCUGAAUGAGGAAGACGGAAUGAUCUAUAAGAUUAGACAGAAAGAGGCUAAGCAAGAUAUAAGAGCUUACAAAUCACACACAGAAGAGAAAAUAGUACAGCCAGUAAAAAAAGGGGGAUAAAACAUUUAUUAGGUACAUAAAUGAGAAAGGAAAGUAAAACAAGGAUUAGUUAGUGUCACGAUUCGGGGAACCCAACACGCUGGCACACACACACACAGAAAAGGUGCCGUACCGGACCUUAGAGUGGCCGGGCUAAGCACGCUAAGAAUAGUCAGGAGACAAGCCAAGUAAAGGGAGCCAGAAAACGGGAGAGCGAGAAACAAGCCGAGGUCAAAGGAGUGGAGAAGACAGGAUAAUCGGAAUAACGAGCCGGAUAAUCGGAAUAACGAGCCAAAUAAUCAGUAACCAGAGAGCAAGAUGAGAACACUACGCUACAGGUAUCACAAGACCACAACAGGACACUGAGGGACAGGAAAGGUAAGUAUAAAUACCCUUGGUUUAAUUCUGAUUGGAUAACUUCCAAUCAGAAUUAACAAUCACACGUGGGGGAUAUCUAUACCUCCCACUGUGAUUGUGGUACUGUUUCUUUAACGCCGGGUCACUCACGUGACCCCGGCGUUUACAUAAUUCAUUGACCUCCCAGCGUGCAGCAUUAUACAUGCUGCCGCUGGGGGGCGUGGAGGACACGGGCGGCGAGCGGCAGAGAGGAGACGCCGCUCGCUGACAGGUAAGAAGAGGGGAGACCGCGGGCGGCGAUGGACUGAGGGUGAGUGCUGCAAGUGGCGUGCAGCCUCCCCUCCUAGCCCUCCUAGCGGAUCCCUGACAUAACCCCCCCUCGAGGCCCGCCCAACGGGUGGGAAGACGAAGGCUUCGAAGAGAACCGCGCAUGAAAGGAGCGAAUCAAAGAGGGCGCAUUUAAGUCAGAGGCAGAAACCCAGGACCGCUCCUCAGGGCCGUAACCCUUCCAAUCAACCAGAUACUGCAACCGACCCUGAGAAAAACGAGAAUCAAGCAGAGCAGUCACUUCGUACACGUCAUUAGAGACAGCGCUGAGGGAAUCUGGACGCCUGAGAGGACCAGAGAAUCGAUUACAGAGCAGGGGCUUCAAAAGGGAGGUGUGGAAAGUGUUAGGUAUACGCAUGGAAGGAGGCAAGGCCAGGGAGUAGGACACAGGAUUGACCCUACGCAAUACCUUAUAGGGGCCAAGGAACCUGGGCGCGAAUUUCAUUGAGGGGACCCUGAGGCGGAGAUUCUUAGAGGACAACCAAACCCUAUCACCCGGGACAUAAGAGGGAGCAGCACCCCUACGACGAUCAGCAAAUCUCUUCUGAGUAGCAGUCGCACGAGAAAGAGUAGCAUGGACCUGAUCCCACAUCUUCCGUAAGGAGGUGAGGUGCUCGUCCAAAGCGGGUAUUCCCUUGUCGGAGAACACGCCGGGAAGGACAGAGGGUUGGAACCCAUAAGCAACCAUAAAAGGACUUAAGCCAGUGGACGAAUGAGUCACAGUGUUCCUGGUGAAUUCAGCCCAAGGAAGGAGGUGAGACCAGUUGUCCUGGUGUGCAUUCGUGAAGCAACGUAAAUAUAACUCCACAGAUUGAUUCGCCCGUUCGGCCGCUCCAUUAGAUUGUGGAUGAUAGGAGGAAGUAAACGACAAGGAAAUCCCCAUCUCAGCACAAAAGCCCCUCCAAAACCGAGAGACAAAUUGAGGACCCCUGUCAGAUACAAUAUCCUGUGGUAUACCAUGCAAGCAGAAAACCUCUUUGGCAAAUACCUGAGCCAACUGAACCGCAGAAGGUAGUUUCUUAAGUGGAAUAAAGUGUGCCAUUUUAGAGAAUCUAUCAGUCACAGUCAAAAUUACUGUCAUUCCAUCGGAUGAAGGAAGAUCCACAAUAAAGUCCAUGGAUAAGUGGGUCCAUGGUUUCUUGGGUACGGAUAAAGGCAAUAGGAGUCCUGGGGGUUUGACAUUAGGGGAUUUACACUGUGCACAAACACGACAAGCCUGCACAUAAUCCACCACGUCUUGCUUAAGUGAAGGCCACCAAAACUGUUGAAGGAGACCCUUGUAUGUUUUGGUAACCCCUGGGUGGCCAGCCGUUUUGGCGGUGUGAAAUAAAGCUAUUAAUUUCUUUCUAUCUUUCUCUUUCACGUAUAAUCUACCAACAGGUGUCUCAGAGGGUGCUUGGGUUUGGUAUGCCUUGAUACCAUCAAGGAAAAGAGACGAAAUAACUAAACGGGUAGCAGCUAUUAUCUUAGACGUGGGUACAAUGGGUUCAGGAGUGGGGGCGAUAGACUCCAAAGUUUCGUAUUGUCGGGAGAUAGCAUCAGCCUUGACAUUACGGUACCCAGGCCUAUAUGUGAUAAUGAACUGAAAGCGUGAAAGAAAUAAGGACCAUCUGGCUUGACGAGAGGACAACCUUUUAGCAUCAGCUAUAUAGGAGAGAUUCUUAUGAUCAGUUAUAACCAGGAUUUUGUGUCUAGCUCCUUCUAAUAAGUACCUCCAUUCUUUAAAUGCCAUCACAAUAGCUAACAGUUCCCUAUUCCCGACGUCGUAAUUCUUUUCCGAAUCAGACAGUUUUUUAGAAAAGUAACAACAGGGAUGGAGGGGUUCGUUAUAGGAUAAUCUUUGUGAUAAUACAGCUCCUAUACCUGAUUCUGAAGCGUCUACUUCCAUUAUAAAGGGAAGGGAAGGAUCAGGAUGGUGUAGCACAGGGGCAGUGGCAAAUGCCUUUUUGAGAAUUUUGAAGGCUUUGAUGGCUUCAGGAUUCCAAACCCUGGGGUGCAAACCCUUUUUAGUUAGUUUCGUGAUAGGAGAAAUGACCGAUGAAAAGUUUUUAAUAAACCUGCGAUAAUAAUUGGCAAAGCCUAUAAAUCGCUGUAUUGCCUUAAGGCCUUGAGGGAGAGGCCAAGACAAUAUGGCUUCUAAUUUAGAAGGAUCCAUACUGAACCCCUGUUCAGAAAUGACGUACCCUAGGAAUUGUACUGAUUUCUGGUCAAAUAAACAUUUCUCCAAUUUACAAUAAAGACUGUUCUGUAGCAAUCUCUUAAGUACCUUCCUCACAUGGGCAUGAUGUGACUCCAAAUCAGGAGAGAAUAUGAGUAUAUCAUAGAGAUAAACCACAGCACAGACAUGCAGUAGAUCUCUAAGGACAUCAUUUAUGAGGUCCUGAAAGACCGCAGGAGCAUUACACAGUCCAAAAGGCAUGACUAGAUACUUGUAAUGCCCACUGCGUGUAUUGAAUGCUGUCUUCCAUUCAUCAUUUUCUUUUAGCCGAACCAAGUUGUAAGCCCCCCUGAGGUCUAGUUUAGUAAAAUAUCUAGAACCUUUAACACGGUCAAACAACUCAGUAAUGAGAGGGAUAGGAUAAGCAUUUUUAAUUGUUAUAUUAUUCAGGCCCCUAUAGUCUAUACAUGGCCUCAAAUCGCCCUCCUUCUUGGCAACAAAAAAGAAACCAGCACCAGCCGGAGAGGAGGACCUUCUGAUAAAACCUUUACGUAAGGAUUCCUGUAUGUACUCCUCCAUGACCUGGUUUUCUUUCUCAGAAAGCGGGUAGACCUUACCCCUAGGAGGCAUCGUUCCAGGUAACAAAUUUAUGGCACAAUCAUAAUCCCGGUGUGGGGGUAGUUUAUCAGCUUCCCUCUUUUCAAAGACCAAUGCGAGGUCUGCAUACACAGGAGGGACAGAAACAGAAAGUGGUUUAGCCGUAGGCACAUUAAGUAAACAAACGGGAUGUAAACGGGCCAUACAGUCUUGUUGACAAGAUACCCCCCAGGAGAGUAUAUCUAGAGAAUCCAAAUCGAGUACCGGGUUAUGCUUAACUAACCAAGGAAAACCCAGAAUGAUGGAAGCUGUAGGGGAGUCAAUUAUUUGGAAGGCUAUCCUUUCUUUGUGUAAGGCAUAAAGACUGUUCUGUAGCAAUCUCUUAAGUACCUUCCUCACAUGGGCAUGAUGUGACUCCAAAUCAGGAGAGAAUAUGAGUAUAUCAUAGAGAUAAACCACAGCACAGACAUGCAGUAGAUCUCUAAGGACAUCAUUUAUGAGGUCCUGAAAGACCGCAGGAGCAUUACACAGUCCAAAAGGCAUGACUAGAUACUUGUAAUGUCCACUGCGUGUAUUAUUCAAGAUAACCACGACCAUAACCAUUUCUUGGGUUUCAUGGGUCACCAGAGGUUUAUCAAGUGGUCUACCAUCUAUGGCCUCAAUGGCCAAGGGUGUGGCCUUUUGGAUCAGAUUCAAGGCUGCGGUUUUAGCAAAGUUCUCAUCCAUAAAGCUGUCUGCAGCACCUGAAUCGAUCAAGGCUUUAGUUGUUAUUGUGGUUUUAUUGACCAAAAGAGAAACCAUUAUAAAUGGUCUGGAGAUGGAUAUAUGAGGGGAAAAACCAUAACACCCGAGGCCGACCCCUCUCUAGGCCUUAGGUGAUGGAGUUUCCCUGCAAACUAGGACAGUUUCUUCGGAGAUGCCCCCUCUUACCACAAUAAAGGCACAAACCCUCCCUUCUGCGGUACGUUCUUUCAGCUUCAGAUAAGCCUACAGCACCUAAUUGCAUGGGUUCGGGAGGUGGUUGAUAAGAAGGAGAUAAUGCUAGCAAUGCAGUACUGGGUAAAGCAGGUAACCCCUGUGUAUUCAUCCUUCUUUGACUAUGCCUCUCUCUAAUACGGUUGUCAAUUAGAAUGACAUAAUCUAUAAGAUCAUCCAGAAGAACAGGCAUUUCCCUUGAUGCUAUUUCAUCUAAUAUGUAAGCGGCCAAACCCUCCUGAAAAGCUGUUACGAGAGCGUCGUUAUUCCAGACCACUUCAGCUGCCAGAGUGCGGAAUUCAAUGGUAUAAUCCGCUAUAGAUCUAUUACCCUGUCGAACCCUAAGCAGAGCUUUGCCAGCAGAAGCAACCCGGCGAGGUUGGUCAAACGUACGUUUAACAGCUGUUAAGAAGUCUGAAAAGGACAUUGGGGACGUAUUCUCCCACAUGGGAUUAGCCCAUGCUAGAGCUUUCCCGGACAAAUGGUUAAUCAAAAAAGCAAUUUUGGUUCUGUCAGUGGGGUAGGAACGAGGAUUCAUCACCAAAUGAAUAUCAAUUUGGUUGAGGAAACCACGGCACAAUGCUGGAUCACCGCUAUAGCGCUGAGGUGGCGUCAUGUGAACCACGUGAGCAGGAGCAGGUAGUGGAUCAGGAAUGGGUUCUGGCACAGCAGCAACAGCUUCUUGGACGGCAGGUUGCAAGUGGGCAGUACGAGCCAGUAUGGUUUGUAAAGCCUGGGCAAACUGAUCCAUACGGUGGUCUAAACCGUCCAUUCUAGCCUCCUGAUUUACUAACAGCUGUGGAAUGUCAGCAGGUUCCAUGGUGGCCCUGUUGUAAUGUCACGAUUCGGGGAACCCAACACGCUGGCACACACACACACACACACAGAAAAGGUGCCGUACCGGACCUUAGAGUGGCCGGGCUAAGCACGCUAAGAAUAGUCAGGAGACAAGCCAAGUAAAGGGAGCCAGAAAACGGGAGAACGAGAAACAAGCCGAGGUCAAAGGAGUGGAGAAGACAGGAUAAUCGGAAUAAUGAGCCAAAUAAUCAGUAACCAGAGAGCAAGACGAGAACACUACUCCUCUUUUACUCUGUUGAUUCCCUUUAUGUAUUUAAAUGUUUCUAUCAUAUCCCCCCUGUCUCUUCUUUCCUCCAAAAUAUACAUGUUAAGAUCCUUUAACGUUUCCUGGUAAGUUUCAUCCUGCAAUUCAUGAACAAGUUUAGUAGCCCUUCUCUGAACUCUCUCUAAAGUAUCAAUAUCCUUCUGGAGAUACAGCCUCCAGUACUAAAUCAUUUGCCAUUUGGCUUAACCCUCCUGGAACAUCAACCCUGUUGCAAAUUUUAGUAUCGUCAGCAAAAAGACAUACCUUACCAUCAAGACCUUCUGCAAUAUCACUAAUAAAAUAUUAAAAAGAAUGGGUCCAAGUACAGAUCCCUGAGGUACCCCAAUGGUAACUAAACCUUGUUUUGAAUAUACUCCGUUGACUACAACUCCCUGUUGCCUGUCACUCAGCCACUGCCUAACCCAUUCAACAAUAUUGGAAUCCAAACUUAAAGAUUGCAGUUUAUUGAUGAGCCUUCUAUGUGGAACAGUGUCAAAAGUCUUACUGAAAUCUAGGUAAGCAAUGUCUACUGCACCACCCUGAUCUAUUAUUUUAGUUACCCAAUCAAAAAAAUCAAUAAGAUUAGUUUGACAAGAUCUCCCUGAUGUAAACCCAUGUUGUCUCUGAUCUUGAAAUCCAUGUGAUUUUAGAUGUUCAGCAAUCCUAUCCUUUAACAUGGUUUCAAUCACUUUCCCCACUACUGAAGUAAGGCUUACUGGCCUAUAGUUGCCCGACUCCUCCCUACUACCUUCCUUGUGAAUGGGCACAACAUUCGCUAACUUACAAUCUUCUGGGACUACUCCUGUUAACAAUGAUUGGUUAAAUAAAUCUGUUAAUGGUUUGAUAGUACACCACUAAGUUAUUUUAAUAACUCUGGGUGUAUCGCAUCAGGCCCCAUUUAUUUGUCUUUACUUUUGACAGUUGAAAUAGAACCUCUUCCUCUGUAAACUCACAUGUAACAAAUGGCUCAUUUGUACUUUUUCUUAAAGUAAUAUCCGAUACCAAAUCUCCAUUUGUAAAACACUAAAUCUAGAAUGGCCUCCUUACGGGUUGGUUCCUCAACAACUUGUUUUAGAGACAAUCCCAGCAGGGAGUUUAGAAUAUGUGUGCUCCUGGCACAAGUAGCUAAUUUUGUUUUCCAAUUUUCAUCAGGAAGAUUAAAGUCACCCAUGAUGAUAACUUCCCCCUUCAUUGUCAUUUUAGCUAUUUCCUCAGCUAGUAGAUUAUCUAACUCUUCUAUUUGUCCUGGGGGCCUGUAAAUCACACCUACACGAGUUACUAUGUGAUUACCAAAUUCUAUCAUAACCCAAAAACGGACUCUAUGUUCGCCUCACUAACUUUUAUUAUGCUAGAUUUUAUGAUAUCCUUCACAUACAGGGCAACCCCUCCCCCUUUCUUGCCUUCCCUAUUAUUCCUAUAUAAAGAGUACCCUGGUAUUGCUAUGUCCCAGUCAUUUUUCUCAUUAUACCAUGUUGUAAGAAAUUGAUAUUCCAAACUGCAAUAUUGUAUAAAACUUCCUGCGUAUGUGACUGGUUUCAUGAGUUGGGGUCAUUUACUUGAUAACAGUGUGAUAAGGAUCACAACAUUCUAUUGCAUUUUACACCACUCAGCUAAGACAAAGCUUACAUCCCUCCAGCAGUUCUCCUGUCAACCAGUUUUAACAUCUACGUGUAACCAUGGAAGUGUGUGUUUUCCCAAGCAAUCCUGUCCAAUCUACCAAGAAACCUAAUCAACUGUUCACUUCUUUCACAAUGUUACAGUAUGGCUGGAGGGAAGAGAUCAGAGGGAAAGACUUGUGUAAAGUCAGAACUCUCUGAAAAAGAGGGCGGGAUAAACCACUUUUGGGAAGGAAAAGGGAUUCUGGGACUUGUAGUUUAUUACUCCAAGAAUCAGUCUUUAAAAGGGCAACAUCCAAGGAAGUCUGGCUCUCACUUUGUCUCUUUUGGAGAGGACAGCGCAGCAAGCACAGGUGGCUGUCCCCGAUUACUACCAAGAUGAAGGCACAAGGGGAAGACCUCAAUUGAAAUGUUUAAAUAUUGCCCUUUUAUUAUGUACUGGAUAUAAUGGGUAAUGCGUAUAUCCUUUUAAAAUCUAACAGUAUCCUUACGUUAAUAAUAUUUACAAAACAUUUUAUUAUACACUUGUGUUUGUGUCUUAUUUGUCACACAUUCCCUAAAAGAAUAUCCUUGUAAGAGGGUCAUAAUUUCUUACAAAGUGGCGAGCCAAGGUAGGAGGGAUUUAGUGUGAUUUAUAAGCAUAUUCAUAAUUGUAUAGAUUGUAUAUUUACUUUUGGAUACUGUUCAGAUAUUGUGUAUAGACAUUUCAGUGAAUUGUGUGUUGUCAAUGAUGGAGAGUUUAUUGAAAAAGAUUGCUAAGGUGUCUAAUCCAAAAGCAAUAAUUAAAUGUAUGAAGGGUGCAUUCGAUUCGUGGCUUAAUGCUCAGGAUUAUGUGGCCAGGGCAAUUAUUGAAAAGAAAUUGCCCAAAUCUAGUGGUAAAAUUGCUUUGAUUUAUGCUGCCCGUUGGAUUGCGGAAAAAGUAUAAAUCUUUAAAUAGGCAAAAAGAGAAAUUAGAGGCAGAUGUUUUGAGUCUAAAAAAUGAUGUGGAUGCGUUUAAACUGUCUGCGCAAAAUGCUGCUGCUUUGUGUGUAGGUAGUCAGCAAAUGCGUCUAGAAAAUGAGGAAUUGCACAGUUGUAAUAAGCAGCUUGUAGAAAGGCUGAAGGAUGCAGAGGGUGCUAUUAGGAUCCUUGCAUCCAGCAGCCAGAAAGAGGCUGAUCAUGCAGAUAGCAUGUAUCAAAUGAAUUAAUUGAAAUCACAAUUACAAGAUAGAAAUGCUGUUGUAGCUGCAUGCAAUGCUGCAGAACCCGAUACAAAUGUUGUACAUAACAGAGUGUGGUGUUUUUGCAGAUGUUUAUGGUAAUUGUGAGUGCAGUAUUCCUGCUAAAAUGGCACCAGUCUCUACAGAGCAUGUGGUGGAUGCCCUGGGACAUGUACUACAUGAAACUACUGUGACCCAUUCCUUAAAAUGUACAGAGGUUAUUGCACUGAGCAAAGAACUGGGAUGUAUAUGCUUGGAUGAUGAUCCAAUAGCUGUAAUGUUAAAAAUUGAUCAAUUUGAAAUAAUCCACAGAAACUUAAAUGAAUUGGAUAUUUUUGAUGUUAUAAUUGCUAGUACAGACCAUUCACUAAGAGCAAGUCUGCCACAUGAGAUAUUUAUAGAACCUAGAACCAAGCAACAGCUUAUCAAAGAGUUAUUAAACGCACUUGGUCUACAGGAAAUAAAUCAUCAUUUUGCUUUUGGUAAUUGUGCUCAGAAGAGAGGGGAGUCUGUUCAAGGGUUUGUAAAUAGGUUAUUUGUUUUAUUCAAAUUGACUGUUCCACCUGGUGCACAUGCUGAUCAGAAUGAAUAUGCAUAUAAGAAAAUCAUUAAUUAAUAGGACACUGCCAGAUAUUCGAGAGUUAAUUGGUUUAACUGUGUCCCCACAGGACACCUUUGUAAAUAUACGGAAUUGCUUAAAGAGGGCUGAAGCAAUUUUACUAAAUCAAGAAAAAGUAAAUAAAAGACAAGUGUCAUUGAUACAAAGUCCCCAACCUCACAGAUAUAUCAAUCAGAGAAAGUCCCCACAUAUAAAAAAACGUAAAAUGUUUUAGGUGUGGUAGGACAUAUUGAAAAAUUCUGUAAAUCAGAUGUGCAUAUUCAUCAUGAAAGGCCCAUGUGUAAUAAAUGGACUUUAUUCUUUAAAUCUUUCUCUAACAUGUGAACGAAAUGAGCUCCUUGAAAAACUGGAUUGUCUCAAGGCACAAUUAAGUAGAUUAGAGGAGAUGGUUAACACAACAAAUUUGAUAAAAGAUACAGUUUUUCUUGAGUGACCUAUUCUAGUUGUGUGUUAUUAACUUUCUCUUGAAGUUUUUUUUUUUUUUUUUUAGAAAACUACAGAGAUGAUGCCAAUUGAGAAGGAAGACAAAUAUAGACCUGUGAGAAGACCAACCAUUUAACAUGUUUAUUUAUUUCAGGAAAAAUACAGUUCCAGUUUAUAGAGGACCUUAAUAUGUAGUUUUAUAUUAUUUUUUCAUAUUAAGGAUAAGCCUCUAAACUCAUUCAUUACAGUCAGGUGGUCCAAAUUCCAAAUUAUUUUUGUUUUUAUUAGUUUAGCACACCUGCACUUCCAGCUAUGUUUUAUUUUUGUAUUUUGUAAUACUGGAUUACUAAUUUUAUAUAUUUCUAGAUUAGAUGAAUUGUUACCAAGGUGAGGCUUAUACGUUGAUCACACUGGAGAGAUGUGAUAGUGUACCUGUAUGUUGGUUUACAACAGUAAAUAUUUUAGUUUUUGUCUUUUUUUUAAUUUGGUUACCAACACAAAUAGCCUCAAGCCGAUUUUUUUAUUUUAAUCUUUGAAAGGCAACAGACCAUUGUCAGUUUUCUUUAGAUUGCAUGCUGCUAAAUUUUGUAUACAGUUCAAUGCCCAGAGGUGAUGGUAGCACUCAAUCUACUUUUUUUCUCUCUCCAUCUUCUUUGAUUUUGUUGUUUUCUUAUGCUUUUUAUUGUAUUUCACACUCAAAAGGGAAUAUAGGGAAAACAGAUAAUUGCAUAUAUUUUACAUUUCCUUGGGUCAAGGUUGGGUGAACAAUAGAAUGAUAAUGGUUAUUCUUUGUUUGUUUUUGUUUUUAAUUUAUUCUCUCAAGGUGGGGUAUAGCGUAUAGACAAAUUAGACAAUUUUGUAUAUUUUAUAUGGUUUUCAGCCAAGGUGGGGUGAGUGACAAUAUAUAAUUUUACAUUUUCUAUUUGGUUUUCUACAAGGGGUUAAAUAUUUAUGGUUGUAGUAAGGUUAUAGUAAAAUAUUGAUACUGUUAUGAGGAUGUAUCCCUUAGUACACAUUAAUACUGGUUGCAUUUUGCUCACAUUUGUGUUUACAAUGUUUUAGAUGACCACUUGUGAAUCCAGACGGUAAUACUGAGACAAGGAUGAUAAUCAAACCACUAGUGAUUUGCAUAAUGUAACACUGUGCACUUUCUGUGCUAAGAAUCUUUUAAUUUCCGGAAGCCAAGGGCCUAUCGAAAACUUAUUAAACAUCCUCAAGGGCUCAAACACAAACCCACUCCAGCUAUACAAACGUGCACAAACACCUUCACUCAGAUCCCCACUCCAAACAAUAAACUGUGUUUUUUCCUUGUGUGGUCUCUUUAAUACACUAUGUAAGUGAACAGAAAAUUAACUGUUGUUGGUGUGAAAAAACACCAGGUGUCAUGGUGGGCAGAGGUCAGAGGCCUAAUAGCCCAAAGUAAGCACGGCCAAGGUUAAAGGAACAGUGUGGUGGAAGCAGUGCUGGUGGCACAGGUAACUGAGCGUGAUAGGAGUGACAUCUAAUGGUUGCAGUGAUGCUGCGAAUAUGAGGGUAAUGAAAGGUUACGGAUAUGGCUGAAGGAUUUCAAAUUAAUGGUGAAAAAUGAUAACUGCGAGUGCCUCAAUGAUUUGGCUAAAUUAUGCCUUGCAGUACCCUAAAUUAUAAAUAUAUGUGGUUGUCAAGUCAUUUGUGUCUCAGUAAAACACAUAAUCAUUUAAAACACACAUAAUACAAAUACUGUAUUUAUUUGAGAGUGCUUGUUUUCUUUUUGAGUCAUUUGCCCUCUAGGUGGGGACUGUAAGAAAUUGAUAUGCCAAACUGCAAUAUUGUAUAAAACUUUCUGUGUAUGUGACUGGUUUCACGAGUUGGGGUCAUUUACUUGAUAACAGUGUAAUAAGGAUCAAAGCAUUCAAUUGCAUUUUACACCACCCAGCUAAAACAAAAGCUUACAUCCCUCCAGCAGUUCUCCUGCCAACCAGUUUUAACAUGUAGGUGUAACCAUGGAAGUGUGUUUUCCCAAGCAAUCCUGUCCAAUGUACCAAGAAACCUAAUCAACUGGUCAUUUCUUUCACAAUGUUACAGUAUGGCUGGAGGGAAGAGAUCAAAGGGAAAGACUUGUGUAAAGACAGAACUCUCUGGAGAAAGAGGGUGGGAUAAACCACUUUUGGGAAGGAAAAGGGAUUCUGGGACUUGUAGUUUAUUACUCCAAGAAUCAGUCUUCUUGGAGAAUCAUCCAAGGAAGGCUCUCACUCUCUUUGUCUCUUUUGGAGAGGACAGCGCAGCAAGCACAGGUGGCUGUCCCCGAUUACUACCAAGAUGAAGGCACAAGGGGAAGACCUCAAUUGAAAUGUUUAAGUAUUGCCCUCUUAUUAUGUAUCUUUUGAUUAUGUACUGGAUUUAAUGUGUAAUGUCUAUAUCCUUUUAAAAUCUAACAGUAUCAUUAAAUGAAUAUUUACAAUACAUUUUAUUAUACACUUGUGUUUGUGUCUUAUUUGUCACACAUUCCCUAAAAGAAUAAGCUUAUCAUUUUUAACACACUUUUUACAGUUACUUUCUGUUUUUGUUUUGGGGGGGCAAUUGGAUUGAUGUUUUAUCACCCUUUUGCCCCUCCCCCCCCCUUCCUAGUUUAUAUACUUCCUAGCAAAACCACUGAACUGCUCGCUGAGAACAUUUGUUCCCUUUUGAGAAAGAUGCAAACCAUCUUUUUUUGUACAGUUAAUUUCUAUUCCAAAUAAAGCUACCAUGAGAAACAAAGCCAAAUCCUUGCUCCCGACACCAUUCACCAAGCCACAAGUUAAAGUCAAAAGUUAAAGCCUGUCGUUCUGAGUGUUAUGUACAGGCAGAACUUCAGAGAAUGACCAUGUGGAAGCAACCUGCCAUGUAUCAUUGGCAAGAACACAAAAUCCUUCUUUUACCUCAGAAACCUGUCUUAUGUAAUGACACAGACUGUGCAUUAUGCCUUUUGUCCAUAUCUCUAAGCCUGCUGCAAUGUAGAGAACUGUCUACAGAUUAGACAACAACCAAACCUCCAAAAAGUGGAACGUGAAACAAAUGCACAACAACUAUUACACUGAACUAAGUCUGCCAUUUUAAUGAGAUGAGGUGUUUAAAUCAAACAAAUCUUAUCUUAUUACCUUUUUUUUUCUUCAAACUUCUGUGCACCUCAGACUACCUCCAAUUUAUCUCCAGAAUAUCUAUAAAUACACUUUGUAGCAGCACUUAGAAGCAGCUGCCAAGCUCUAUUAGCCAAGCUAAUAUCUACAACACUCAUAUACACUCCUAAAGGCACCACCCACUAGGAAUGUUUAACACCUGGGUAGGCCUAUGCUAAUGUGCAAACUAUAGCUAAUGAAUUAGCAAUCAACAACAAGGAUUUAACUAAUCAAAUCAAAUAGUAACUUUUUCCUACAGAUGAAUCUUACCUGUAAUAGUAAAAAAGAAAACUCUUAGCAAAAUCUUAGACAGUUGAAGCUUCUGUAAAACUCUCCAGAAUAUCUGCAAAAUACACUUCGUAGCAGCACUUAGAAGCAGCUGCCAAGUAUUCCACUAUAAGGUCUCAAUAACGAGGUAUUAGAUAAAAACGAGUUUGCAUUCCUGCAGAUAAAAUAUCCUAAAAUACCAGUCUUGUAUGUCUUGCCUAAAAUACAUAAAAGUUUGGAGAACCCACCGGGUAGACCGAUUGUCUCCGGGAUAGACUCCAUUUUAUCUGUUUUAUCACAAUUAAUUGAUUACUUUCUUCAACCUUUGGUUAGAACCUUUGGUUAGUGUCCCUCAUAUUUGCCAGACUCUAUGAGCCUUUUAAAAAUUUUAGAAGAACAAAAAUGGGAAGAAGACCUUUUAUUGAUUAUGUGUGAUGUUACAAGUUUAUAUACAAUAAUCGAACAUACAAAAGGAAUAGAGGCAGUCACUUUUUUUUUUUUAAAUCAGAAUUUUUAAAUAUUCAAAUCGAUUUUAUCAUUAAAGGAAUACAGAUGAUUUUAACCAACAAUUUUUUUUUGGUUUGAUGGCGAUUUUUAUUUACAAACUCGAGGCACUACUAUGGGGACCAGGUUUGCCCCAGUUAUGCUAAUUUAUUCAUGUCUCAUUGGGAAAAUUAAUUCAUAUACCAGGGACAUAGCUGGGGAGCAAACCUGGUCCUAUAUAGGCGAUAUAUAGACAAUAUUUUUAUCAUUUGGAAAGGGAUUGAAGCAGAUUUUAAUUUAUUUUUUAUUUAUCUUAAUGAGUGGGGGAUCAAACUUACCAAAAAUGUAAGCUUAGAGACUAUCAAUUUUUUAGACUUGAAUAUCCAUAUUUCGGAACGACAAUUUAAAACCCGAACUUUUUUUAAACAAGUGGAUGUAAAUAGUUUUAUAGAAACCAGUAGCUGCCAUUAUGAUCCAUGGCUUCAAAAUAUCCCCAAGGGACAAUUUUUAAGGAGAAAAAGAAAUUGCUCAGACCAAUCUGAUUUUAUCACACAGUCAUCAAUAUAAAAAAAACAGUUUCUACAGAAAGGGUACUGCGAAAAGAAUCUUCAGAAAGACAUAGAUAAUAUUAAAGAUCUAGAUAGAUCGCAAUUAUUAAACUACAAAAAGAGAAAACAAAAUAUACAAGCGGAGCAAAUCCCAUUGAUUUUUAAUUAUUGUAGUAAUAUUGGGACAUUAAAGCGAAUUAUAAAUAAAAAUUGGAAUAUUUUAAAACAUGAUCAUAACAUCCAAAAUGUUAUUGGUGAUAACCCUAAGUUCAUUUUUAGAGGGGCAAAAAAAUUUAAACAGAUUUUAACAUACAACUAUGUAGAAAAACAAAAAGAAAGUAGCAAUUUUUUAACUAAUUGGAUGGAAACAGUUAAGGGAUUCCAUCACUGUGGUAAUUGCUACGCCUGUAAAAAUACUAAUGUAAGCACUAAAAAGAUAGAUGAGUUUAUAUCUAAUGUAACCAAAAAAAAGGUUUAACAUCACUUCUUUUAUUACAUGUGAGUCCAGUAAUGUUAUAUACCUGUUACAAUGUACAUGUGGACUGCAGUAUAUAGGAAAAACGUCUAGAUCCCUGAAAACUAGGAUAUAUGAACAUGUCAGAAACAUAAAGAAUGGUUUUAUAAAUCAUAGUGUGUCCAAUCACUUUUUAGUUAAGCACAAUUCAAAUCCUAGAGAACUAGAAUUUACAGCAAUCCAACAAGUUCAAACUCAUUGGAGAGGAGGCAACACAGCAUUUAAUCUGAGUAAAAGAAAAACCAGUAAUGACGUAUCGGAAUGAGCCGGUACGUGCGACCAUGUUGGGAAGGACAUGAACAAUGCACAGUGAUGGAGGAUGUAAGCAGACAUAUUGGAGGAGGCGGAAAUAAGCCGGAAAUUGUCCAUAUAAGGAAAUGAAGAAGGGAUUAUUGUUACACACCUGUAAUUGUGUUUUGUUUGUUUUUUAAAUUGUUUGCUAUAUACAAAUGCUUACUGAUGCAGUUGUAACCACACAUGCACCUAAGGAAGACCCUUUGUAUUGGGUCAAAACGCGUUGUGCUAUUUUAUAUUUUAUCUUUUUAUUUGGAGUAAAAGUAUUUACUAUAUUUUUUUUUUUUUUUUGGCUACCUGGUUCCUGAUUUACUCUACAGAGGACUGCAAACACCUCCUGAGGGGACCAAGUACAGAUAUUCACACAUCUGAUUGAUGUAUCCUGCCUUCAUAGUUUAGAGCAAACUCAGAAAUGCUCUACAGAUUGUGAGUUUUUCUAAGUCUCUCACUUUCAUUACCAAGUGUCAAAACGUAUUACCCUAUGUUGAUUUUCUGUAUUUCCAGAGCCUUACCUACAUAAUUUGGGAGCUAUACGAAAAUUAUAAAAAAAAUUACCUUUCCUUCCAUUUUGCUAUUCCACUUUAUGUGUUGAGCUACUUCUCGUAUAGGCAGUAUAGAGUAUCACUCAUUAUCUCUAAAAAGAGGGUUUUUUCUGUUUUUGUUAAUGUUGCAGGCAACAGUUUGACUUUUUCUACAUUUAUCUUGUAAUCUAGCAGCAAAACCUUUUUAGAUAUUCAGCCAGUAAUAAUUCAGACUUAAAUCUUGCCCAUGCUUUCUCCACCAUUAAAUGUAGGAAAUUAGCUGAUCCUGAGAUGUUUGUCACAUCAGAGUUGCGAUAUUUGAAUCCGAUUGCCUUGCAGUCUUAAAAUUUAUAUUUAUUCAAACAUACACGACCGCUGAAAAUAACAGAGUCUUUGAAUAUAUCUGUACCAUUACAGCAAUAUGUAUGCACUUCAAGUUAAUAUCCAUUUUUGAUGUUACGUAUUGGUGGUGAAUAUCUAUCUGCAAAAAUAUGUUCAAUGUCUAAGAAAUCAGUUAAUUAGGAGGUGUACACAUAAGGAUAAGGUUAUUUAAUUCUUUAAAAAUGUGUAAAAAGGGUUGAAGUUUAAUAACCAUUCUAUCCAAUCUAUGAUUAAAGCCAUACAUUAUAAAAAAUGGUUAACUUGUUUUCUUUGUUUUUUACUGUAUGUAUUAGGGCUGAUGUGUACUAUGGCCACCCAAGAGUAAUGGGAGUUUGAGCGCAGGACUUGUGUAUUUGUAAAAAAUGGUUAUACUUGGGGGUAAAAUAUAAAUUACACAUAUCAUUUACACAUAUAUAUGUUUAUAUGAAUACAUUCAGAAAGAGGCCCUUCUUAAUACACAUGGGAGCCUGGCCAGGUGAAAGGUUAUAACAACAUUGGGCCUUCAUCAAUCUAUGUGAACAAAAGAUCUCUGGCCUCCUAUCCCAGUUCAUAUUUUUAAUGGUAUGAAUAAUUUGUAAAUACAUUUCAUGUGAGUGCUGUAGUUUUUUAAUAAAUGCUGGAGCUCAGAAAUAGUGAUCCUACAAGUUUCCAUCAAGAAUCAUGUGUCUUGUCUGUUUGCUGAGGUCUUGGUUGGAAUCAUGCAAAUUUAGGUCAGGCGAAACAACCCUAUUCAUUGAAGUGUAUUACCAGUGGAACAUGCUAUUUAACCCCUUAAGUACCAAACUUCUGGAAUAAAAGGGAAUCAUGACAUGUCACACAUGUCAUGUGUCCUUAAGGGGUUAAUAUACCCUGUAACAGCCAGAACAUACAACCACAAUGUAUCGUGGGUUGUAUACUGGGUUGCCGGUGAGUUUGCAACCAAGUGAAUCAGAGUUAGCAGUGCAGGUUAGGCACAUACGGACGAUAGCAUGGGGGUGCCACAAUAACAAUGCAACAUAUGUACAUUGACUGCUACUAUCAAAGUUACUAUUUAUUGUGUGAGCAUGAUAAAAAAAAAAUAAAAAAAAUUACAAUAUAGGAUAUUUUAUUUUUAUGUUAAUCCAUAGAUGCAUUAUAAAAUCACCUCACCUGUGUGAGUUCUUUGAUGACUGAUAAGCUCUGAUUUACUGGCAAAACAUUUCUCAAAUUUACUACAUGAGAAAGGCUUCUCUCCUGUUUUCUCCUGAGUUUUCUGAUGACGGACAAGCUUUGCAUUUGUGCUAAAACAUUUUCCACAUUCAGAACAUGAGAACGGUUUCUCUCCUGUGUGAGUUCUCUGAUCAUAGACAAGAUCUGUAUUUGUGAAAAAAAACAUUUUCCACAUUUAGAACACGAGAACGGUUUCUCUCCUGUGUGAGUUCUCUGAUGACUGACAAGACUUGAAUGUUGCUGAAAACAUUUUCUACAUUGAGAACAUGAGAACGGUUUCUCUCCUGUGUGAGUUCUCUGAUGUCUAACAAGUGUUAAAUGUCGCCCAAAAGAAUUUCCACAUACGGAACAUGAGAACGGUUUCUCUUCUGUGUGAGUUCUCUGAUGAUAGACAAGACUUGAAUGUUGCUGAAAACAUUUUCCACAUUCAGAACACGAGAACGGUUUCUCUCCUGUGUGAGUUCUCUGAUGACUGACAAGACUUGAAUGUUGCUGAAAACAUUUUCCACAUUCAGAACACGAGAACGGUUUCUCUCCUGUGUGAGUUCUCUGAUGACUGACAAGACUUGAAUGUUGCUGAAAACAUUUUCCACAUUCAGAACAUGAGAACGGUUUCUCUCCUGUGUGAGUUCUCUGAUGUCUAACAAGUGUUAAAUGUCGCCCAAAACAAUUUCUACAUACGGAACAUGAGAACGAUUUAUCUCCUGUGUGACUUCUCUGAUGAUAGACAAGAUCUGUAUUUGUGAAAAAAAAACAUUUUCCACAUUCAGAACACGAGAACGGUUUCUCUCCUGUGUGAGUUCUCUGAUGACUGACAAGACUUGAGGUAUCGUGGGUUGUAUACUUGGUUGCCGGUGAGUUUGCAACCAAGUGAAUCAGAGUUAGCAAUGCAGGUUAGGCACAUAUGGACGACAGCAUGGGGGUGCCACAAUAACAAUGCAACAUAUGUACAUAGACUGCUACUAUCAAAGUUACUAUUUAUUGUGUGAGCAUGAUAAAAAAAAAAAAUAAAAAAAAAAUUACAAGAUAGGACAUUUUAUUUUUAUGUUAAUCCAUAGAUGCAUUAUAAAAUCACCUCACCUGUGUGAGUUCUUUGAUGACUGAUAAGCUCUGAUUUACUGGCAAAACAUUUCUCAAAUUUACUACAUGAGAAAGGCUUCUCUCCUGUUUGAGUUUUCUGAUGACGGACAAGCUUUGCAUUUGUGCUAAAACAUUUUCCACAUUCAGAACAUGAGAACGGUUUCUCUCCUGUGUGAGUUCCCUGAUGACCGACAAGACUUGAAGGUUGCCUAAAACUUUUUAGAACACGAGAACGGUUUUUCUCCUGUGUGAGUUCUCUGAUGUCUAACAAGUGUUAAAUGUCGCCCAAAAGAAUUUCCACAUACGGAACAUGAGAACGGUUUCUCUCCUGUGUGAGUUCUCUAAUGAUAGACAAGAUCUGUAAUUGUGAAAAAACAUUUUCCACAUUCAGAACACGAGAACGGUUUCUCUCCUGUGUGAGUUCUCUGAUGACUGACAAGAUCUGUGUGACGAAGUGCCCUUUGCCACUUGUGCCUGGAGGGGACUACUGGCUAGCCUCCUGCCUUCCAACUAUGGCCCAUGUGCUGAUAGUGGUAUUUUCCCCUGCAGAAAGGUUUAUUUCUGUAUUUCUGCUGGGGCGUUCUGGACUUUCAGUAUGGUAGUAGUGCUAUCCCAGAUAGCUAUGCCAUGGAGCCUUUUUGUGUAACAAAAGACUAUGGAAAAGACUUUGGCUCCAUGGCGAUUGAAUUGCAUGUAUGUGAUCUGAGCGCCAUUCAAUAAUAAUGUGCACUCAGAUCUAAGCUAUCUGGGGAUAUGUUGCAUGUAUAUGUUUUAUAUAGUAAUUAUAACAUUGUGUAAUGUUAUGUCUUUCUGUAACCAUGUGGUUAAUGGAGUCUUGCCUCUGUCCUGGGAGAAAAUUUGAUUACUUCCCAAUUAUCUCCAGGAUAGAGAGGAGGGAUUGUGAUGUCACUGUGGGAGUGUUUUGUUUGUAUUGUCUGUGAUUGGUUAUACUGGGUCCCACCCUGUGGGAUGUCCCCUUGCACAGCUGUAUCCCUGGAAGUGGGGUCUGCAGUGCUGAUUGUGUCGGUUAGAGUGCUUGGAGUCCUCGGCAAGCGCUAGGAGCAGCGAUUGGCGGAGGUACUCAGUCGGAGUGCCAGCGUUCCGUCACACUCUGUAUUUGUGACAAAACAUUUUCCACAUUCAGAACAUGAGAACGGUUUCUCUCCUGUGUGUGUUCUCUGACGACGGAAAAGAUUUGAAUUUGCGACAAAACAUUUUCCACAUUCAGAACACGAGAACGGUUUCUCUCCUGUGUGAGUUCUCUGAUAUAUAACCAGUUUUGAAUGUCGAUCAAAACAUUUUCCACAUUCAGAACAUGAGAAAGGCUUGGAGUUUAUGUUUACUGUCUCCUUUGAGAACAUAUAGGAAUCUGAGAAAUUCUUAAUUUUUCAGAGUUAAAUUUCUUGGUUCUGUUAUUAAAAGAUUUCUUCAUAACUUUGCUUCAUGUAUUUCUGUUCUUGUCACCGCUCCUGACAAAUACACCUAAAAGAAAGAUACUUGGAGUUAAAGGAAAUCGAUCACAAUAAAAUAUUGUUUGCUAUACUUAGAAAAACAGACAAUAUUUGCAUAAUAUAUAAGAUAUACAACCAUCAGGUGUCAUGGUGAAUGUGAAGAUAUCAAGUAUUUUGUGUGCAUUAACCCCUUAUUAGCAAAAUUGUGUAUACUCUUUUUUUUUUUUACUUUAAUUUGCUUUGCAAAAUUAGAUUUAGUCCAUUAAGCCUCGCAUAUCUGCAUUUAUGCUAGAGGAACAAAUUACACAUACUGGUACAUUCUAAUCACAUAUAUUCUAAACACAUGCAGCACAUAAUUUCACUGUUAUCCCCCCCUACCUCUGCCACUGGAAGGCUUAGCCAAGUAUCUACUACUCUUUGUAUAUCACUCCUAGCCUCUACCAUUUAUACUAGAAGGUUGUGCUAUUGAAACUGUAGUAGAUACCCAGUUUGACCCGUCUGUGGAAAUGUACUGGGAGUUAAAGGAAAUCGGUCUAUAAAUUUAUUGUUUACCAUACUUAGAAAAACUGACAAUAUUUUUAUGAAAGAUAAGAAAUACGACUAUGAAAUAUCAUGUUGAUUGUGCCAGACCUUAAUAUUUAUAUAAAUAUGUAUAUAAAACUGUAACCGAGAUAAGUGGAUUAAGUGUCACACUGAGGGGAGGAGAUGUAUGGGAGGUAACUACUGUACUAUUGGCUACUGUCCCAAUUAUUGUAAAUCUCUCCCUUGCAUGAUAGAAGCCUUUAUAAGGAAUCUGUGUGAUUAAAAGUUCAGUUCUGCUCUUGAUGCUGUGUGUCGUCCAGUCAUUGGGAUUGAGGUUGGGAUAUUGUUGGAGUGUUUUGUCUGCUGGGAAUAUUGCCUUCUGGAUUUAUAAUACUUGUUCCUGAGCCUUACUGGGAUCUAAAGUGGAGAUAAUCUGUGUAAGAGCAGCUCUCCGCUACACACGUAACUACAGUCUUGCGGGCUUAUUAUCUUACCUUGAUCUAUACUAACCCGUCCUUCGCCCAAGCAUGAUAUUGGCACAUAGCUUGUCGCGCCCAGGCAAAACCAAAACGCUUGCAAUUAAGAUGCACCAGCCUAGAAUAACACUAGACUGUUUCUUAUUUUACUUAACUUUUUAUUUUUAAUGCGCUACAAAAACACACAGUUAAACGACUAGCCUGCUCUAUAUCUUAAGCGCAACUAACACUGUACCAAACAUGUCUAGCUUAGCAUGUUAUAAUAUAAAACACUGUUUAACAGAUUGAUAUUCUCAUAAAAUAUAAAAAUGUGCCGUCUAAACUGUCACAAUGUGAAAUGUUAAGGAAAUGCAUGCAGAUGCUGUUGUGGCUCUGCACGCCUGGUGUAAAUAUAUGCACAGAAAAAAAUAAAGAAUUAAAAAAAAUAAAUAAAAUAAAAACAUUUAAGUUGAAUUUGACAACAGGCCUGUUGCAUGAAUUGCUUUGUUAUAUUUGCACCCAAAGUAGGCAUUACCAAAAGGCUUCAAAUUACUGCUAGUGGAUAGAUUCCUAUGUGAACCAGUGAGCUGACUUAUUUCUAAAAAUUAAAAAUUAUUCUGAAAAUUUCUUGUCAAUGCUCAGUUUUACAGUAACCAAGAUAGUUGGCCUCAGGUCAGGUCUCCUUUAGAAGUCCUUUUUGGAUGGGUUUGGUACAUAUCGGUCCCUACCACAUUCCAGCAUGCUGUAUUUUCGUGAUCUGCCUUAGAACACACUAGCCACAGUGUUUUCCUAUGUUCAGCCACUUUUUUCCCCUUUAUAUUGUGAGAAAUCUAACUUGGAGGGUGUAUAUAUAGAGAGGGAGGUAAUUGGGAAUGAGAAUGAUUUAUUUUAUAAUGUUAUGUAUGUACUUUUUUGAUACAAAUAGUAAGGGACAGCUGAGAAAAUGAGUUCCAGUGUAUGGCAAUAAUAGAGUCUCCCUAAGAGAUGACUAAUCCAUGUCCUCAAGCCAUUUAAUGCAUAUCUUGGAUUGUAUUUGUGCCCUUGUGAAAAGGGACUAUCGUGCAUUAUUGCUUAUGUUAACUUUUCUAUACCAAAUAAACAAAAUGAGAUGUGCAUGCAAAAAAAAAUGCUCAUUAACACUACACCUGGAACAAACUAGAGAAAAAAAACGAUCCCACGCUAAGGUUCAAAAUACGCUUUUUGAAUUCAGUGUAUUCUUUAAUAAAUUGUGUGUUUGUGGGGAAGUUUCAAUAACCAACCAUCUAAACUACUCCAAAAUGGAACAUGGACACAGCGUAAAACAUCAAAGUUAGAAAGAAACUGAAUGGCUGCGUCUCAAAUGUGCCCCUUCAACAUCAACAUAUACCUGGCAAAGGUACAUACGGGGUAUUGCUGUACUCAGCUGACAUAGCUGAGCAACAUAUGAAGUAUUAUACAGUGGUAGCACACAUAAGGUUUGCAAAAUAUACUGUGCAAAACUCACUUUGUGUGUCAAAAAGGCAGAAAAAAACCUCUUAUUACCACUAUACGUGAUACAAGCUAGCGGAAAAAUGAUCCCACGCUAAGGUUCAUAAUACGCCUUUUGAAAUAGCCUGGGAUGUCUUCUUUAAAAAUGGUAUGGCUUUAUGAGGUAUUUGGAUUAUAUAGCCUGGUAAAAUACUCUAAAAUGGGAUGUGGGCACAGAGCAAAAAUGUAAUGUUUGAAAAAAAACUGGGAUUGCUGUGUCCCAAAUGUGCCCCUCCGAUGUCCACAUAUACCUGGCAAAGGUACAUAUGGGAGUAUUGCUGUACUUAGCCGACAUAGCUGAGCAACAUAUUAAGUAUUAUACAGUGGUAGCCACAUAAGGUUUGCAAAAUAUACUGUGCAAAACUCACUUUGUGUGUCAAAAAGGCAGAGAAAAACACUUAUCAACAGUACAAGUACAAGCUAUGCCUUUUGAAAUACCCUGGGAUGUGUUUUUUUUUUUUUUUUUUUAAGAAACGGUAUACCUUUAUGGUGUAGUUGUAAUAUGUAGAAUGCUCAAGUGCUCCAAAUUGAAACACAGAUGCUUCAAAACCCUCCAUGAAAAUUCACUUAAAAACCUGAACUUGUCAUGUCUCUUUUACAGCACUGUCAUACAGUGGGCAUAUUGUUUUACUCAGAAGACUAAGCUGAGGAUAAUUUGGGCUUUGAACUUAGUGGCACAUAUGAAAUAUACAAAAUGCCCAGCAAAAAUGCCAUCCGUAUGUAGAAAAUGCCCAAAAUUAUUUUUUAACACAUUCUUUGGCAUAUAUUGGUGAAAAAAUGGGGGCAUGUUAAGGCACAAUAUGCACCUUAUGAGAUACCCUGGAGUUUCUACUUUUACAAAUGGUAGGCCUUUGUGGGGGUUUUGGAACAGUCAAACUGCUAUAAUACCAUGAAUUGAAGCAUAGGCCUAUUAAAUCAAUCUCUUAAAAUUCUACUGUAAAUACUGAAAAGGACAGGUAUCCUAUUGUGAUGGGAUUCCAGCAUGGUCAAAAUUUAGUAGGCCGAGAUCUCCACAUGGCAUAUGCUAAUUAGUAUCUGAUUACAAACAGUUGGAUGAGUCAUCAGUAUACUGAGCAUGUGUGGAAGUGGAUGGUAAAUUCCUUUCUCUUCAACAAGCCAUGUGGUCUGCCCAUAUAAGGUGAUCCUGAAUAUCCUGAUUGGUGUGCUGAUUGGUCUGAGGAAUAUAGGAGGGGUUAUACUGUAUGUAAGGGGAUAUGCUUCUAACAUCUGCCUCUCAGAUAUUUUUGGAACAGGAGUUCAUCUGAGACCCGAUCGGUAUGUGAAUAAAGGCCUCUUACUUCCUGAAGACAAGUGUCCAUCUCUCUAUGUGUGGCUUCUGCGGUUUGUUCCGGUUAUUCCUCCGGUAACAUUUCUGGUGCAUUGGGUCCGGGAACCUCAUCGCUUGGAAGCCUGUGCAGAGAUUUGAGACGUAAUCUUUUACCAAAUCCUUUACGCUGCACCCCUGGACUUCUACUGCGUGGACCUCCUUUCAUCUUGGCGCCACUGGCCUUUUGUCCAGGAGAUCAUCGCUUCUGCGCAGUGAGUACCGGGGUGUCCCGUCGAAGAGUGUGAACCCAGGUCCAGGAAAGAAGAGGUAAGAUUAAUACCGUUAGAGCGGUAGGCCCACAAGAGGUUUGUAUUUGGUUGUAUGGAAUCUGCCCUUCCCUCUGGAAAUGCGCACUGCUUAUUGGAAAUUAGACGCUCUGUAGUCAGCCAAUCUAAUACAGGUGGUUUGGGUCAGACUGAAUUUUUGGUGUAAAUAGUUCAUGUCAAGACCGGUGUCCUGUCUUGACUAGCGUAUCUAGGUGUAAAUUUUGGUCGCUAAGUCGGGGGGACCGGGAGACUAAGCAGAUUCUGGUGUACAUUCUGUCUGCUAGAUCUCAAUCUUGUUUAAGUGGGAGGCGUGUAAAUUCAACCACUAGACUAUUGAUAGAGUAGAUAGACUAAAUGGGUACUGUUGUAAAUUCCGCCCACUAGUUUGCUAUAUGUGGUGCUUGGGCAGCGUAGACUAACCGAAUCUUCGUGUAAAUAGUUCGAUAGUUCUCGAGGUGCUGGCCAACUAGAAUAGUUGGGAUUAUUGUAAAUGUUGUUAAAUAUACUGUAGUUGGUGAAUUGGUUACAUUGUAUGUCCUGCUAGAAAGCUUGAGCUCUGCCGUUUAGCGGAAGUGUAAAUUGUGUGUAUAAUGUAAAAUAGCGCACGGUACCAUAACUAAUGACUUGUACCAUAACUAUUGAUAUUGCAUGAAAAAAUUCUAAAAAGUACUGUUCAACAUUGUAUGUGUAACACUUUAACUAUUACUAACUGACCUUGUAACUUUAAAACCAUAAUUGUCUAACUGUACAAUAAUUACUAACCGUACCAUAACCACUGACUGUAGAGACAAAUUGUUGAAAUGUUAUGUGAUCAGUUAGUAUAUGUGCAUUAAUAGCGUGGAUAGUUGUAUGGUUUGAUUAAUAGUUACAGUGAUGCGUAUUUAGUGUUUGGUCGAGUCUUGAUUUUACUUGUGUGCGCCGCGUUGUGAUAUUGUUGAGCAUGUGAGGAUCCUGUGUGUGCGUGCACGUGUGUGUUUGGGCCUAGUAACUGUGCAAUGUGGUGCUGGUGAUAAGGAGAUUGGUGUGACUGUUGAAACUGUUUGUAUAUUUGUACAGCUUUUGAAUCAGAUGUUGAAAUCAUCUUCUGAUUCACAAGGCUGUUGGUCCUUUGUCUUGUAUGUUAAAUAAAUAAAUAAAAAAACCUGUGUAGUAGGGAGUGGCCUGUCCUGGUGGCCGCAUGGCCUCCAUGUUGCAGUCUUGACUUAAAUUUAAUGCAGGGUGUACAUGUAGCUGUAACUAGUAGGCCGGAAUUCUAUGAUCAGUUUCCAUAUAUUGACUGUUGGAAACCAAUUGUUGAAAAACUGCUUUGGGGAAUUAAAGGAGGAACAAUGGAGCCACAUUGUGGUCAGAAUUAAGGCCUUAAUUCCACCUGGUUUGGACAUCCCCCUCCCCCCCUUGCAUCUGAUUACCAACCCCCUAUUCAUCCUCCAGAGCCAGAAUAGCAACUCCCCCACUCUUCCUCCCAAGCUAAAACUGGUAUUGGUAUUUGCACUCCCCCUGCUCUAUUGUCCCCGCCUACCCACAUACCUAUCUGUUCUUUUGUUUCAAACUCUUGUAUUUCUGUACCAACCCCCCACUGGUUCUUUGAAAUUUGAACUGAUUUCCUUUUUGGUAGGAGUGUAUUUUAGCAUUGAAUUUUAUUAAUAGUUAAAUUGUGAGGAGAAUUCUUAAUAACAGUAACAGUCUAAAAUACCACUGGAAGAAAUGAUCAAUGGUAUAAGAUGCUAGAAUAUACUUUUAGCCUUUUUUGUGUUACUGGAUGGGCCCCUCCCAGCUUUGUCCAAAAUAUCCCCUUUACUAAAAUACAAACUGAGAUGCUUAAUUUACCUUAGAACUAAAGCUUUAAUCAAGCCUAGAUAUCAGGGUGGACAGUGAUUAAAAUAAGUAAAAAUAAAAUAAGGACAUAAUUAAAGUCUAUCUGCUUCAUUAGACUUUAGGGAGGCACUCUAGGGCCACCUACUGGCCAUCUUCGGGAGUUACAUUGAUAUUACAUUGUUUAUAACAGACAGAAGUAGGACUGUUUACCCUAUUUUAAUAUAUUUAUUGAUAGUUUUUAUUUUAUGUAUAAAAAGUUAUGUUUUUUUGUUUUUUUUUCAUCGCCAAAUGCUGACUAGUAAAAUUAGCUCACCCCCUUACACCUAUCUUACUACUCCCAGACCGGAACCUAUUACUGAGCAGCCUUGCUGAAGUCUCAUACUAACCCAACAACUGACUGGCACCCUUCCAUCCCGACAUUGCCAAAUGCCCUUCGACUUACACCUGGCCCACCACAUAUUGACGGUAAUGGACAGUUGCAAUUGGCAGAUCCUGCAUUUGUUUAAGUCCCUUUUACCACGUCCAACCUGUUCAAUUGGAAGACCCAUAACUCCUCGUACACCAAUAAACCUCAAGCCAUGAUUGACUUGGUCACCUCUUUUAUACAGACCCACAAUCCCACCUGGGCUGAUUGUCAGCAAUUAUUACUGACCUUUAGAACGUAAAUGGCGCUGACUUAAUCCAUCUAAAGGCCUAUUAACAAGCCAUUAUUACUGGCAUGAAGGCAGGAGGGAAAAAGGCAAUUAACAUGUCCAGGACGGCUGAAGUGUUACAAAAAGCUAAUGAAUCACCCAGUGCUUUUUUAUGAGAGACUGCUUGAGUCAAAUAGAUUAAACACUACUUUCAAUCCUGAAGCCCCUGAAAACAUCUGAAUGAUAGACUCAGCAUUUGUCAGCCAGGCCCAGAGUGAUAUUAAGAGAAAGCUACAAAAAGUAGAGGGAUUUGCAGGGAUAUCCAUUUCACAGCUAAUGGAGGUUGCAAAUAAGGUGUAUAUGAAUAGGGAAACUGAGACAAAGUGUGAGGAGGAACAUAAGAUGAGGAAGAAAAUAGACAUGUUAGUGGUCGCUAUUUCAGGCGUAGCUUGAGAAGGAGGGGAGAUUAAUAGAGGAGUUGAGAAUCGGAUGAGCAGGGUACCAUGAGAUAGAGAUCAAUGUGCAUAUUGUAGAGAGGAAGGGCAUUGGAAGAGUGACUGUCCACAGAGGGGAUAUAUUGUAGGUGGUAGACAAAAAGAGAGAAGAAGGUGAGGUGGUUAUGGUAGCAGCUGUAGAGGUCGUGGUAGAGGAAGUUUUGGAGGGAGAUAUUAUCCCACUACAAAGAAAUUAAGGCAUAGGGAAGAUUGAGAUUGUGUAGGUCUGGCUGACACUGUCAUGGAAGACUUGAUACCGACCGGGCUCCAUCCCACUUGGCCGAGCGGAGCCUAUGGUCGAUGUAUCAAUAGGGUGAAAGAGAAGUCCUUUCAUGAUAGACGUGCUGAACAUUCUGUGGUGACCAAGUUGGUAGCUCCUCCUUCUGAGAAGAUUAUAACUGUGAUAGGAGUUACUGGGAAAAGCGCUGCUAGACCGAUUCUCAGGAGUCGUACUUGCAUUCUAGGAGGCCAUUUUGUGAAGCACCAGUUCCUAUACAUGCCAGAGUGUCCAACCCAACUUCUAGGACAAGAUCUAUUAUCAAAGCUUCAAGCUCAGAUAACUUUUCUACCUAAUAGAUCAACGUCUCUGAAGUUUAAUAAAUCAUCUGGCAUAAUAGCGGUAUUGGUGCCAACAGAAGAAGAAUGGCGCUUCUAUUCUGUAAUAACAAAUGCAAAUCCUAAGAGUGAUGGAACUUUAUAUGACAUUCCAGGAGCAGAAAAUAAUCCUCCAGGACUUGCUAAGUUAAAGCUUGGGGUGUAUCCUGUUAGCCUUUGUACGUUGUUCUUUUAUCUACCCCAACAGCUGUAAAGGUGGUGGAAGUGACUCCUUGGAUUCAUCACUCUAGGGGUAAACCAGCAGCAGAUUCCUGGCAAGCUACUCCAGAUCCUGGGAAUCCUUGCAAUAUCCGGUUGAAGCGCAUAACCCAGAUGGAUAGAACGUGUCGUGAGAAAAAGUACGAGGGGAUAUCGAGACAUUCUAGUUAAAAGUCUACAGAGAUCAUCAAGUAGGUGUUUUGACAGCCAUAAUAAAGCCUGACCACCUGCCUAUGUGUCAUAAGCCAGAGUGUCUCGAAGAGAUCUCUGUGAAGGAAAGUGAGGAUCAGAAGAACGACAAUCCUUGCAGCCCUCACAGCCGUGAAGCUGCUGUGCUUAAUUACGUGUUUUAGUAUUUUUAUAAUUUUUCAGGAGGAUAAAGGUAAGGAUAUUCGAAGCUGUGUUAGUUGUAUUAAGACUACAAAAACAGGUAACCAAAUAUCACAAACUCUUAUUUGGCACUCACAAUAUGAAUGUAGAGGAUCCAUGUCUAGGUGUAGGUACUUAGAUACUGAUUAUAGUGUGUGUCAAUCGAUAUCAGGUGAGCCCAAGUGUUUCGAUCCCCAAUUCCAACCCCGUACAAUUUGGUUGGUAAUUUGGAAUAGUAACUCCCAGGGGACAUUAAUAAAUAGGACUGUGAUAAAUAUCAUACAGUCUAUGGGUAUUCUAUUAUUUGAUGCAUGUAAGGCGAUUUCGGGUAGUGGAAAAACUUGGAAUGUAUGUGGUAAUCUAAAGUGGGAACGAACUUAUGGGUUCAAUGACAAAUAUUUAUGCCCAAGCAAAAGAUCUACUGAUCCUGACUGCCCAAAUAGAGACUUUAACUUCUCCCCCUACUGGUCAAUUGUAGGAUGGACAACCUGGGGAAAGACAGUAGAUCAAGAUAUGAUUAUCCAAAGUUGCCCACUGCACUGUAUUAUAAAACUAUGGAGUGUAACCCUGUUCACAUGACCAUUUCCAAUCCACAGCACUUUACUGACAAGUUCGGAAAUCUAUGUGGGUUCCAAAUAUACGGAACAAGGUUGGAUCCUGGUGCUAUUAUAUAUGUAGGCAUCGAAAUGGAGACAGUAGCAACCCAGACUCGUCAGGUUUUUCAUCCCUUCUAUGAGGAGAUGAGUGUUGAGGAUAAAAGUCCCCAUAAUGUUAAGAACCUAUUUAUUGAUUGCAGGUAGUCUUAAUGUAACUAACUGCUUUGUAUGUGGAGGUACUAAUAUGGAAGACCAGUGACCAUGGGAAGCAAGGGACAGAUGAACAUCUGAGACAGAUGAACAACAGAUACUUUCUCAGUCUGCUCAUCAAGUAGACUAGCUAGAAGAGGGCCAAUGUAAAAUACACCUGUUGGAGAGUUAACCUGCUUAGGACAGAAGGCCUGGGAAGAUGAUGAGUGGCCCCAACAUAUUAUUAAUUAUUAUGGACCUGCUACUUGGGCAGAAGAUGGUACUUAUGGAUAUAGAACCCCAAUAUAUAUGCUCAACCGUAUUAUAAGACUACAGGCAGUGGUUGAGAUUAUCACCAAUGAGACAGCGCAAGCACUCAACCUCUUAGUAAAGCAGAAUACCCUGAUGCGAUCAGCUAUAUACCAGAAUAGGCUAGCCCUUGAUUACUUACUAGCAGUAGAGGGAGGUAUAUGAGGGAAGUUUAAUCUAAGUAACUGUUGUCUGCACAUAGACGAUGAAGGGCAGGCAGUGGCUGAACUUACCAGUCAAAUGGUUAAACUUGCGCAUGUACCUACUCAGAUCUGGUACCGGUUUAAUUUGAGUAGUUGGUUCGGAAGUUGGUAUGAGCAGCUUGGUGGUAUUAAAGCAUUGGUAGGAGGAGUAUUGUUUAUUAUAUUAUUAUUUCUCCUCCUGCCCUGUCUACUCCCACUAGUGGUCAGGUCUAUACGUAGUAUCAUAGAGGGUAUUAUAGAAAGAAAGACAGCUGCCUAUGUAAUGGCUGUCUGGAAGUAUGAACCCCUAGCUCAGAGAGAGGAUAAUCAGGAUGAGGAAUGUUGAGAGAGCACAAAGUUAAGUUAGAAUGAUUACAAGGUCUGUACUGGUUCAUGGUUACUUGAGUGGUGUUGGUAGAUUAUGAUUAGUAAUGCAUCCGGAAUAAUGUUAUAUCAGAGGCAUCAAUGUGGGGAAUGUGAUGGGAUUCCAGCAUGGUCAAAAUUUAGUAGGCCGAAAUCUCCACAUGGCAUAUGCUAAUUAGUAUCUGAUUACAAACAGUUCGAUGAGUCAUCAGUAUACUGAGCAUGUGUGGAAGUGGAUAGUAAAUUCCUGUGUCUUCAACAAGCCAUGUGGUCUGCCCAUAUAAGGUGAUCCUGAAUAUCCUGUGUGCUCAUAGGAGGAGUUAUACUGCAUGGGAGGGGGUAUGCUUCUAACAAAAAGCCUCUGCACCAUGCUUUCUGCCUCUCAGAUAUUUUUGGAACAGGAGUUAAUCUGAGACCUGAUCAGUAAUGUGAAUAAAGGCCUCUUACUUCCUGAAGACUUGUGUCCAUAUCUCUAUGUGUGACUUCUGCGGUUUGUUCCUGUCAUUCCUCCGGUAACACUUAUAUGGCACUGUAGCUUCACAAAAUAGUGCCAAAGACAUACAAUGGGGGUAUCGUUGUGCUCAGCAGAUGUAGCUGAACACAAAAUAAAGUUUUGUGCAGGAAUAGCACACACCAACUCUACAAAAUACACGAGAUGUUAUUUGUUAUAAGUGUGUGCCAAACCCCCCCCCCCAAAAACAACAAUAUUUUACUCCAAUAUUUAGCAGAGGUUGGCAGUGAAAUGGCUACGUAGAAAGUGUCAAAACGAUCGUAGGACAAUAACCUGUGAUGUCUACUUUAUAUAAAUAUAUACUUUCGUGUGGCAAUUUUGUUUUCUUUUAUGGCUAUUAAGCUUACAAGACAAACAUACCAAAUUCUAAAAUUGUUCCAUAUUAAAAGUUUAUUUUACAUCUUGUGCUCUGUGACCUGUAACUACCAAAAAAAACUAAACUCCCAGACACAUUAUAUAUUCUGUACAUCAGAACAACUAAAUUAAUGUAUUUUUAAUUACUUUCUUUAACCUGCACUAAUUAUGCCCACAUUAUUAUUGCAAAAACUAUAAAAAAACAACUCAGUUUUUUUGCAUUUAUCUGUAUUUUUUUUUUAAUAAUAAAUAAGUAUAUAUACACACACACACACACGUUACAUCACAUUAAAGCCCUUUCUGUCCUUUAAAAAACAGUAUAUAAUAUGUGUCGGUGCAAUAAACGAGAGAGAUGCAAAUUGCAGUUGAACGCAAACAGCAAGAAAAUGCAAAAAUUGCUUGUGUCGUUAAGCAUAAGACAAGCUUCUGAAGCUGUGUCCUUAAAGGGUUAAUCAGCCAGGAUGUAUUGAUCACAAGUCACAUAUUAUGUUCGAUCCCUUUGUUGAUAUACACAUUCCUGCUAUAACAUACACCCAACAUGGCCGAACUCCAUGCACACACUGGGAAGAGAGCAAAUCUAGGGAGUGUCUCCAUCCCAGCAUGCCUUGCACACUUACUACAGGAGCUGGGAAUUCCAUGGAAAAUAAAUUCCAGGGAAAAAACUGUACAUUGUGCAAAGUUUAAGUGCGCUAGCAACUGCACUGGAGUCAGGAUCUUCUCUGAGUACUCUGAAAAAAAUAUACAGUAUAUAGUGCAGACUAUCUGUAUAUACAGGUUAUGCAAAAUUAAAAGUAUAUCUGGGGAUCAACUCACAUGGACCAGCGCCCUAUCACCCCUGGCUCUGCGUUUGAAUUGCUCCAAUGGAGAGGGAUAAACCCACAGUAUAGCAAAACUCUUCUGAAUCAGAUGUAAUAUCUAGGCAGUAUAAACAAAUAGAGAGUAGAUCCCCAUUCAGAAUUGUGUCCAUUUCUCAGUAUAGACAACUCCAAUAUUGAAUAUUUAUCUCGACCUAUAUUUAUUGACCCUCUCUAUAUAGAGGAACUAUCCACCAACUCCAAUAUUGAAUAUCUAUCUCUACCUCCAUUUAUUGAUCCUCUCUAUAUAGAGGAACUAUCCACCAACUCCAAUAUUGAAUAUUUAUCUCUACCUCCAUUUAUUGAUCUUCUCUAUAUAGAGGAACUAUCCACCAACUCCAAUAUUGAAUAUCUAUCUCUACAUACAUUUAUUGACCCUCUCUAUAUAGAGGAACUAUCCACCAAUUCCAAUAUUGAAUAUCUAUCUCGACCUCCAUUUACUGACCCUCUCUAUAUAGAGGAACUAUCCACCAACUCCAAUAUUGAAUAUCUAUCUCGACCUACAUUUACUGAUCCUCUCUAUAUAGAGGAACUAUCCACCAACUCCAAUAUUGAAUAUCUAUCUCUACCUACAUUUACUGACCCUCUCUAUAUAGAGGAACUAUCCACCAACUCCAAUAUUGAAUAUCUAUCUCUACCUACAUUUACUGACCCUCUCUAUAUAGAGGAACUAUCCACCAACUCCAAUAUUGAAUAUCUAUCUCUACCUCCAUUUACUGAUCCUCUCUAUAUAGAGGAACUAUCCACCAACUCCAAUAUUGAAUAUCUAUCUCUACCUACAUUUACUGACCCUCUCUAUAUAGAGGAACUAUCCACCAACUCCAAUAUUGAAUAUCUAUCUCUACCUCCAUUUAUUGAUCCUCUCUAUAUAGAGGAACUAUCCACCAACUCCAAUAUUGAAUAUCUAUCUCUACCUCCAUUUACUGACCCUCUCUAUAUAGAGGAACUAUCCACCAACUCCAAUAUUGAAUAUCUAUCUCUACCUACAUUUACUGAUCCUCUCUAUAUAGAGGAACUAUCCACCAACUCCAAUAUUGAAUAUCUAUCUCUACCUACAUUUACUGAUCCUCUCUAUAUAGAGGAACUAUCCACCAACUCCAAUAUUGAAUAUCUAUCUCUACAUACAUUUAUUGACCCUCUCUAUAUAGAGGAACUAUCCACCAAUUCCAAUAUUGAAUAUUUAUCUCGACCUAUAUUUAUUGACCCUCUCUAUAUAGAGGAACUAUCCACCAACUCCAAUAUUGAAUAUCUAUCUCGACCUACAUUUAUUGACCCUCUCUAUAUAGAGGAACUAUCCACCAACUCCAAUAUUGAAUAUCUAUCUCUACCUACAUUUAUUGAUCCUCUCUAUAUAGAGGAACUAUCCACCAAUUCCAAUAUUGAAUAUCUAUCUCUACCUACAUUUAUUGAUCUUCUCUAUAUAGAGGAACUAUCCACCAAUUCCAAUAUUGAAUAUCUAUCUCUACAUACAUUUAUUGAUCUUCUCUAUAUAGAGGAACUAUCCACCAACUCCAAUAUUGAAUAUCUAUCUCUACCUCCAUUUAUUGAUCCUCUCUAUAUAGAGGAACUAUCCACCAAUUCCAAUAUUGAAUAUCUAUCUCGACCUACAUUUAUUGAUCCUCUCUAUAUAGAGGAACUAUCCACCAACUCCAAUAUUGAAUAUCUAUCUCUACCUACAUUUAUUGAUCUUCUCUAUAUAGAGGAACUAUCCACCAAUUCCAAUAUUGAAUAUCUAUCUCUACAUACAUUUAUUGAUCUUCUCUAUAUAGAGGAACUAUCCACCAAUUCCAAUAUUGAAUAUCUAUCUCUACAUACAUUUAUUGAUCUUCUCUAUAUAGAGGAACUAUCCACCAACUCCAAUAUUGAAUAUCUAUCUCUACCUCCAUUUAUUGAUCCUCUCUAUAUAGAGGAACUAUCCACCAAUUCCAAUAUUGAAUAUCUAUCUCGACCUACAUUUAUUGAUCCUCUCUAUAUAGAGGAACUAUCCACCAACUCCAAUAUUGAAUAUCUAUCUCUACCUACAUUUAUUGAUCUUCUCUAUAUAGAGGAACUAUCCACCAAUUCCAAUAUUGAAUAUCUAUCUCUACAUACAUUUAUUGAUCCUCUCUAUAUAGAGGAACUAUCCACCAAUUCCAAUAUUGAAUAUCUAUCUCGACCUACAUUUAUUGACCCUCUCUAUAUAGAGGAACUAUCCACCAACUCCAAUAUUGAAUAUUUAUCUCGACCUACAUUUAUUGAUCCUCUCUAUAUAGAGGAACUAUCCACCAACUCCAAUAUUGAAUAUCUAUCUCGACCUACAUUUAUUGAUCCUCUCUAUAUAGAGGAACUAUCCACCAACUCCAAUAUUGAAUAUCUAUCUCGACCUACAUUUAUUGAUCCUCUCUAUAUAGAGGAACUAUCCACCAACUCCAAUAUUGAAUAUCUAUCUCUACCUACAUUUAUUGAUCCGCUCUAUAUAGAGGAACUAUCCACCAACUCCAAUAUUGAAUAUCUAUCUUGACCUACAUUUAUUGAUCCGCUCUAUAUAGAGGAACUAUCCACACACUAUGUCAAGCUAGAUGUUUGAUACAUUUACAUUUAGAUGAUGAUCUCCUGGAAUUUUACAAUACUUUUGAUUUUAUUCAAAUUUUGUUUUUAAUAAUGUUAUCCCAGGGCUGGACUUUGGGUUGAUAUUUCUAGCUUCUAUUUUUUACAUGAUUGCAAGAAAUAUUAUUUUAUGUAUAAUUCUAUUUAGUAGAUGAUCCCCAUUGCAAUAAAAAAUAUAAAGAAUAUAAAUGUGAUCAUAUAUUGUUGGAAGCUAAAAUAUUUAUAAAAUGUUUUUGUAGAAAGUUUUUUAUAAUAAUAUUUUUUCAUAAUGUGAUCUUUUGGGCAAUAUCAGCCUACAGUGUUGUAAUCUUUACUAUUGGCAGUCUGAACAGAUUUCAUAAACAGCCCUAGAAAAGUCUUCUGAAUUGAGUGCACAUACCCACUAAGAGUGGGAAGUCUACAAAUAAAUCCUAGUCUGAUUGACUGCCCCCUCAACGGUGAAACAGAAGGGGAGUGUCUGGACACUUAAAAGACAGGGCUGAACAGGAAUGAUGUCGUCAGAAGCAGCCAAGGAGGCGGGCAAAACGCGUCAUGUGUGACAUCAGAGAGAGGCGGUCCCAGCGGUCACGUGACCGGAACCAGGAAGUGUCUAAGCUGUAUCAUUUCUUGUGUGUAAAUUCCUGCUUAUCUAGUUGUGGGUUUAUUGCUGGCAAAUCCACUACUUCAAGUAAGAGUUUUUAAACUUUUGUUUAAAUAAAUACUGUGUUUGAAACUAUUCAAUUUGUGCUCCUGCCUCUCUAUUUGUGUAUACUGCCUAGAUAUUACAUCUGAUUCAGAAGAGUAUCCUGUUUUGCUAUACUGUGGGUUCAUCCCUCUCCAUUGGAGCAAUUCAAACCCAGAGAUAGGGGUGAUAGGGCUCUGGUCCAUGUGAGUUGAUCCCCAGAUAUACUUUUAAUCUUGCAUACCCUGUAUAUACAGAUAGUCUGCACUAUAUACUGUAUAUUUUUUCAGAGUACUCAAAGAAGAUCCUGACUACAGUGCAGUUGCUAGCGCACUCCAACUUUCUGGUAUCUAUUGCUAAUGUGUGUCACUUGGGGGUAGUGCAGUAGCACUGCAGAUAUUCUUAAGUGCUUUGCCUCAAUCUGGUUGUGCAAAGUUUCCCUAGAGGGGACUGCUGGUUUACACCACAGUAUCCACAUAAUAAUGUAGUCAUUAGUGUGUAUAAUAAUAAGGAGUAUCUAUACGCUGAUAAUAAACAUGUCAUUCUGUAUAAUAAUUUGGAGUAUCUAUACACUGCUAAUAAACAUGUCGCUCUGUAUAAUAAUACUGAGUAUCUAUACACUGCUAAUAAACAUGUCGCUGCAUAAUGAUACAGAGUAUUUAUACACUGAUAAUAAACAUGUAGCUGUAUAAUAAUACUGAGUAUCUAUACGCUAAUAAUAAACAUGUCGCUCUGUAUAAUAAUCCUGAGUAUCUAUACGCUAAUAAUAAACAUGUCGUUCUGUAUAAUAAUUCGGAGUAUCUAUACACUGUUAAUAAACAUGUCGCUGUAUAAUGAUACAGAGUAUUUAUACACUGAUAAUAAACAUGUCGCUCUGUAUAAUAAUCCUGAGUAUCUAUACGCUAAUAAUAAACAUGUCGUUCUGUAUAAUAAUUCGGAGUAUCUAUACACUGUUAAUAAACAUGUCGCUCUGUAUAAUAAUACUGAUUAUUUAUACACUGAUAAUAAACAUGUCGCUCUGUAUAAUAAUACUGAGUAUCUAUACACUGAUAAUAAACAUGUCGCUCUGUAUAAUAAUACUGAGUAUCUAUACGCUAAUAAUAAACAUGUCGCUCUGUAUAAUAAUACUGAGUAUCUAUACACUGAUAAUAAACAUGUCACUCUGUAUAAUACUGAGUAUUUGUGACGAAACGCCUUUUGUCACUGGAUUUUUAGGUGACAAAAGGCCCUUUAAGAACAGCAUUGUGGUUUAUGGACUUGUAUUGGACCAUGCUGGCCCUUUAAGAACUGUCUGGGGAUGGGAGCCAGCUGUAGGUAAAUUGCUGACCGCUGGGUGGCUGCAGUUCGUGCAAACGAACACUUUGCGGCGCCCAUCUUUGUUAAUUCGAACGAGGUCAGCGGUAUGUGUAGCAAAAUUCAUGGAACUGAAAUCGGCUACACAUUUCAACGAACACCGCUGACCCUUACCUUCUCCUACACUCCGUUUUCAGCUUCAGAGACUAAGUCCAGUUCGGCAGUUUGAACUCACUGUAAUACUGAACCAAAUGCACGAACGGCCUCGUUCGUGCAUUUGAAUGGGACUUAGUCAUUUUUCUGCAUGAAACAGACCGACGGCAGAGCCCAAAUCUAUGGAACUGUUUUGGGCAGGAAAAUGUGCUUGCGGUCACUCAUAAAGGACUUCCGUCUAACUUUAGAUCUACUGGAUGGAUUUGUCUGAAUUUUGGAUAUGUUUAUAAUUAAAAAGUGUGCUGAGUUUGAAUAUGUAAUUUAUGAAGAUUGGACGUAUAUUUUUAAAGUUACAGUAUAUGUAUAAAAACUGUAUUUUUCUUGUCGGUGAUAAUUACGUUACCCAUUGUGUACCAUAAUUAUAUCACAGGCAGAGGGGAGUUGUGACGAGACCAAUCUCGCCACAUUGCAUUGGAGAAGCCUGGUUGCUCGCCUGCUGCCUUUGGACUAUGGCCCCUUUUAAAAGACUUUUUUUUGCCUGCAGAAAAGCUUCAUUCGUGCUUUUCUGCCUGGGGUUUGGUAGAUUUGUUUGAAUGUGUUAUACCCCAGAUAGGAAUCCCAUGGAGCCCAUUCGUAUGAAACUGACUGUAAAGACUUUAGCUCCAUGGCGAUUAAACUGUAUUCGUGUGGUCUGAGCGCCAUUCACUUAAUAAUGUGCGCUCGGACCUGAGCUAUCUAGGGAUAUGUUACAUGUCUGUGUUUUAUGUAAUAAAUGUGACUUUAUGUAUUUUAAAGUGUUUUGUGUCUUUUUGCAACCAUGUGCUUAAUGGAGUCUUGUGUCUAUCCUGGGAGAUAAUUGAAUUACUUAUCUCCAGGAUAGAAGACUCAGAAACUGGUUUGGGCCAGAAAGCCAUGCUUCAUUUAGUCACAAAGGACUUUUUACUAACUUUUGAACCCCUUGUCUGAUUUGUGCCAUUUUUGAAUAUGUUGUUCCCCUGAAUGGAUUGAUUGUGAAUAUGUAAUUUUAUGUGAAUGUGAUGUAUGGUUUUAGAGUUAUGAAAGUUGGGUAGAAAGUAUGUUUUAACUGUAUGUGUAAUUGAGUUUCCUCUCAGGAUAAGGGGAGGGAAUAUGUAGGAUGUAACUGUGAUGUGAUUGGUUGUUUUAUACCUCCCUGUGGGCGGUCCUGUAUUUGCAAGACUGUAAUAAAACCAGGCUGGGUGUGCCAGCACCUCAGACCACUGCUUGACCCUCAACACGGAGCCUUGUCUCGUUCUUGGGGGGAUUCACUGUAUGCUGUUAGAGACUGAUUGCCAGGAGUGUAAGCUGUUCGUCUGCUUUUCCUGUUCGCCUACUAGCAGCUAUUCGUAUGGUUCCUGUUCGCUUAUUUGAAGUGCUACCUUAUUCCCUUGUAUGCCGUUCGGGAGUUUGGAGCAUUCACUUAUUGGCGGUUCGUGAGUUUUGGUGAUUAUUCAGUAGCUGUGCCUGUCUCUGAAAGGGGGAUUAUCGUCUAAACGGUUUUUACCCCUUUUGUGCAAAACGGUCCGUUACAAUUGGUGGCAAGCGGCGGGAUCGUUCCUACAGCCAGAAGGACAGCUACAGGAGACACCAUUCCGUGGAUUUUACAAUUUGAGGGCAACGCAUGUCUCAGUACAGCGACCCUGACAGCAACAGAAUGGAACCAGCAGUGUCAUACGAGGAGGAGGACCUGGAUGGCCGAGAUGCAUUAAGGAAAGGCAUCUGGUACCAGGCCCUGGAUAAUGUACAAUACCAGCGGGGCGAGAGUCUCCCCAGUGAAGAGCAGCGGUUGCAGAAGCAAGUGGCCCUGCGGAUGCCCUUCCUGGGAGAGCAGCCCCUGGAUGAAUGGGUGAAGGAAUUGGAGCACCGGUAUGGCAGGAGAUUUGGCUGGAAGAUGCCUACCAGGCGCUCUGGUGGUAUGGGGCACAGUACCUGCCCUGGACAGCCGAGCAUGACAAGCCAGAGGGAGAGGGGUUUGAUGGUCCUGGCUUGUUAUGGGAGGCUUUUUCAGAGCCUGAAUUUGGGAGCCCUACACAAGCCCGGUUCAGUGAUCUCUUGGAGUGGAGGGAGAGCAGGUAUGACUGGGACGACACCCACGACAUUGAGCAAGACCUGGCUCACCUAGCAACCCUGGAGUGGGAACUGGAGCAGGACUACCGAGAUCUCUUCCACUCCAUUGAGAAGAUUCAGCAGGACAGCAAGGUGACAGAUCCAGUUCCAGACCCAUUCAGCUGGCAAGACAUUGUUGAUAUUUUCUGGGAAGAACCCCAGGUGGCCGGUAGAGAUGGGACCAAGGUCUCUCCACCGGUCCUGCAGGGAAUUGGGAGCCCAGUCUCCAUUCCCCAGCGGCCGCGUGAUUUAUUGGGAAUUGGGAGCCCAGUCUCCAUUCCCCAGCGGCAGUGUAAAGUGCAGGGAGAGGAGAGCAGUAUCCUCCCUCCCCAGCUGCAGGCUGAGUUACAGGGGGCAGAGGUAGUUGUUCCUGCCCCCCAGCAGCAGAGUGAUAUGCCGGGAAGGCAGCGUAAAGUGCAGGGAGAGGAGAGCAGUAUCCUCCUCCCCAGCGGCAGGCUGAGUUACAGGGGGCAGAGGUAGUUGUUCCUGCCCCCCAGCAGCAGAGUGAUAUGCCGGGAAGGCAGUGUGAAGUGCAGGGAGAGGAGAGUAGUGUCCUCCCUCCCCAGCGGCAGGCUGAGUUACAGGGGGCAGAGGUAGUGUUCCUGCCCCCCAGCAGCCAAGUGAUAUGCCGGGAAGGCAGUGUGAAGUCCAGGGAGAGGAGAGCAGUGUCCUCCCUCCCCAGCGGCAGCGUGAUUUUUUGGGAAUUGGGAGCCCAGUCUCCAUUCCCCAGCGGCAGCACAGAUCAUUGGGAAUUGGGAGCCCCGUCUCCAUUCCCCAGCGGCAGAGUGUCCUACCGGGAAUAGAGAGCCCAGUCUCCUUUCCCAGCAGCAGGACUCUGUAUUGGGAGCAGAGACAGUCGGUCUCCCUCCCCCGCAGCUGGAAGUAUGUAUGGGAGAGGAGCUUGUUACCCCCUCUCCCCAGCGGCAGCUUAAUGUACCAGGGGGAGACAGUAAGCCCCACAACCGUGCAGAUGGGACCGUAGUCUCUACACUGCCAGCACAGGGGGUAGGGACGGUCGGUCCUGCCCCCCAGCGACAGGGCUGUUUAGCCAAAGGGGAGACAGUCGGUCUCCCCCUCCAGCAGCAGAGAUGGGUAACCAAAGGGGAGACGGUCGGUCUCCAGCAGCAGGACUGUGCAUCUAAAGGGGAGACAGUCAGUCUCCAGCAGCAGCAGCAGAGCGGUGUAUUUAAAGGGGAGACAGUCGGUCUCCCCCUCCAACAACCAGGCUUCCACCAGGCUACCCUCCCAGUAGCGCUGGCAACAGGGCAGAGUGCCGCUGGUCUCUGCCCACGCAGCAACCCACCAAGUCAGCGUACCCGUACCCAGCACAGCCGUGGUGAGGCACCUGGACAUGGACAAGCUUCUUCUCUACCCAGGUGUAGUAACCAUUUAUUGUGGGUGGGCUGUGCUGUUGAUUAUUUGUUGUGGGUGGGCUGCUGGACUAACAAGGGCACUGACCGGCAGGAGGUCAGAUACCCUGUUAGUCUGUUUGGAAAAGGGGAGAGAUGUGACGAGACCAAUCUCGCCACAUUGCAUUGGAGAAGCCUGGUUGCUCGCCUGCUGCCUUUGGACUAUGGCCCCCUUUUAAAAGACUUUAUUUUUGCCUGCAGAAAAGCU